AUGUCCCGCCUCCUCUGCUCCAUCUGGACUCUCACCAGGCCUACGCUCCAUCAGCAGACUCAAAAUCAAGUAUCUCGGCAUCUCUGCGCUGUAUCAUCCCGAGUCGCGCCUCUACAAACAGCUAUUGCCCCCGUCCGAGGAGGCCUCCUCCAGCGUCCCUUCACAGCACCGUACCCCAUCUACAACGGCAGCAUGUCUACCUCCACAUCUCUCGACCGCUACAAGCUGAUCUUCUUCGUGCCCCCGGAGAACCUCGAGACCUGCAAAGCAGCCAUCUUCGCGACGGGCGCAGGCUCCUUCCCCGGCGGCAAGUAUACCAAAUGCUGCUUCCAGACGCACGGACAGGGUCAGUUUCUGCCAAAUGAGGGGGCGAAUCCGGCGAUUGGAGCCGUGGGCAUGGUGGAGCAGUGCGAGGAGAUCAAAGUCGAGAUUAUGUGCCUGGGCCGGCCGGUGAUGCUGGAUGCGGUGCGGGAGUUGGUCAAGGCGCAUCCGUAUGAGGAGGUUGCAUAUGAGGUUUAUCGGAUGGAGGAUGUUUAA